AUGCAAAUUCUCGCGCUGCUGAGCAUACUGCUUCGCACUGCGAACAUAAAGAGCAAUGCUACACCCUUUUUUCACUUGUGCCUUUCAGGUGAACGACAGCCACUGACCGACAAGAACAAAACCGACCCGGGAAACUUGGGCAAAAGCCUCGAUCCUGCUCCCUUGUUAAAGUCAUCCUUUUGUGACAACUGAUUAUGGGAACCGAUCAAUUCACCUCUCCUUCGGGAGGGGAUGGAAUGCUUCAUGCUGCGCAGCAUGCGCAACAUACAGUGCACACACCGGAUGCGCCCACAAAAGCCGAUUUUUUCACAGUCGAACUCAAUCAUUCUCAAUGGGUCGUUCCUACACGAUAUUCUGACCUCCAGGCAAUUGGAUCGGGAGCCUACGGUUCUGUUUGCUCCGCCUUUGAUACUCAACUCCAUCGACGAGUGGCCAUCAAAAAAUUGACAAAACCUUUUCUUGCACAGGAGUAUGCCAAGCGAAGCUAUCGGGAAUUACGCAUUCUGGCUCAUAUGAACCACGAAAAUCUGCUCUGCUUGGUUGACGCAUUCUCUCCGCAAGAUAGCUUGGAGACCUUCAGUGACUUGUACUUGGUUACGCCAUUCAUGCAGAUGAAUCUGCGGACCGUUAUGAGUUCCAACGAACUGUCAGAGGAACACGUUCGCUAUCUGGUUUACCAACUAUUUUGUGCACUGAAGUACAUGCAUAGUUGCGGUCUAAUCCAUAGAGAUUUGAAACCUGAAAAUAUUGGCGUAAACGAGGACUGUGAGUUGCGCCUUUUAGAUUUCGGACUGGCCAGGCAACGAGACGAGCAUAUGACAGGCUAUGUCACCACUCGUUGGUAUCGAGCACCUGAAGUUAUUUUGGAAUGGGAGCACUAUGAUCAACAAGUCGACAUAUGGUCUGCCGCCUGUAUUAUGUCGGAACUACGCACGCGCAAAACCCUUUUCCCCGGUCUCAAUUAUAUCGAUCAAAUCCGUCUGAUAAUCUCCUUCUUGGGUACUUCCGAUGAGGAGUAUUCUCAAAAGGCCCAGAAACUAACGAGCGAUUGUGGACCUUUUACUCCGCCAGAUUUCAAUGAACAUUUUUCCGCAUUCUCUAAAGAAGGUAUCGACCUUCUUGGAAAAUUACUUCGUAUCGAUCCGCGUCGGCGGCUUACGGCUGGUGAAGCGCUUGAUCAUCCCUACUUUAUCUCGCUUCGUGAUAAACUAUGUGAAUCGGUUGGUGAACCAUUUGACGAUCCGGUGGAGCAUUUAAUGGAGGUUAGCAUUGAGGAUUGGAAAGGUCAUAUUUGGACGACACUAAUAAAUUUUGUACCAAAACUGGAUUCAUUCAUUUUGGACGAUGCAUGCGGUAAUGGGUCCCGUAGUCGCUGAGGCUUACCAAUCCCACGUUCCGGCGACCUUUCAUCAGCUGCUGUUCUUCCUUAUUCGAACCCGUUGUAUAUGGUUCCCGGCUGUAUUCCUAGAGCUUUCUCCAUCCCCGUUUUGUUGACUUUCUUGGAUGGUUCUUUCGUCUUUUCGUACACUCCCAGUCACUACACUUUUAUCUCUUUUGUUCGAAAUCACACAGGAUUGUUUUACGGUUUCAUUUAUUUUCUGUUGUAUCCACCCCGAACGGUGGAUACCCUCUAUGGGCAAGUGGUGGUCUGUGUAAGCAGUUUUAAUUUAGGACAAUCGAGAAAGCACAGUGUUGACCUAGUUCUUGGGACCUUUUUCAACAAUAUUUAUUUCAGAUGCAACGCAUGUUUUGCGCUUUACAGAAGUUGGUUGUCCUAAUAGUGUGGUGCAUAUGUGAUGGGAAGUAGGCAUUGCAUUUGACGGCAAUUCCAAGGUAGGCCACUAUAUUCAAGAUAACACUUCUUAAGCUUAACGUUUCUCAUUCAUGCCCCCUUUUGGAAAAGUCUCGCACAAGGGAACGGCUAACCACGAAUAAACUCGCGUAAAUAUUAUUUGAAGUUGUUUUGGUCAUCCUAACAU